AAUAUUGCCCAAGUGGGCGAAGUUCAAAUCUCGUGUUCAUAAUCCCGAAGUACUUUUAAUAGUUUUCCCGCCUUAAUCCUUCCCUAUCUUACUCUAGAGUGAUUAUCUGAUUUAGUACAUUUACUUCUCUUACACCCCUCAAUCCCCUUUCAUUCUCAAUUCCAUCAUCUCUUGCAACUUCUUCAAAAGACAGACACAUUCGUUUUCGAAAUACUUAAUCAUACAUCACAUCAAAUCUUGUCCAUCGUUCGUGACAACUUAAUCGACACUCAUUCAACUAUUAUCAAGUUUUAAUUCUCACCCAAACCAAACUCUUCACAAUGGCUCGUUACGCUCUCGCUUUCGCUGCGCUCUUCGCAAUUGCUCAAGCUAUUAGCAUCACCUCCCCAUCUACCGAUGGAGAAUGGGACCUCAGCAAAGGCACUCAAUCUAUCACCUGGUCCUCAGUCUCCACUGAUCCUACCACCGUCGAUAUCUACCUUGUCCACAUGGCUUCCAACCCACCUCUCAGCGACAAACUUUUCAGCAACGUCGAUAUCAGCGUUGGAUCUGAGUCUGUUUCCGGUCUUCAAUUGCCCACCGGUAACAACUACCAAAUCAACUUUGUCAGCCCAGGAAAACCAGAGCAAAUCUUGGCUCAAUCUCAACAAUUCGAGGUCAAGGGAUUAGCUGAAAGCGCAAGCAGCACUCUUGCAGGUUACACUGGUGCGUCAUCUACUUCUUCCGCUUCUUCCACUUCAUCUACCUCUUCCGCUUCUUCUACCUCUACCUCUUCCUCUUCCUCCUCUUCGAGCAGUUCGAGCAGCUCUUCCUCUUCCUCUGAAUCUAGCUCGCUGACUUCGAGCUCAGGAACCACCUCCACUGCUACCAGCACUUCUACUGGCACUUCUACCUCCACCUCCACUGGAUCAUCCACCACUUCCACCGGUACUUCCACCUCUACUGGAACAUCCACCUCAACCGGAACUGGAUUGGUCGCUUCUGCCUCCGCUAGCCGCGCCACUGCCUCUUCAUCCAGCACUUCAUCCUCAAACGGAGCUGCCGCUACCGGUAUCCCAAUGAUGGGACUCUUGGCCGGAGCCGUCGCCAUGUUCUUGUAAGAGAAUUAAAUCUCCACAUGGGGACUACUGGGGUAGAUGGGUGAAUGGAUGAAAGAAUGAUUUAGAGUCGAUGGUGUAAUGAUGGAUGAGAUAUCGCGGGGUAGAACGAUAAGAAAGAAUUGCGUUAUGGAAUUUUGGGCAUCUCGUUCAAUCUUUACAUUUUCUGUUGCACAUUUAUUCUCAUGAUUGAAUAUGUUUCUAAAAUGUACGGUUUUGAGAUUCUUUGGUUGGGUACGAUGGAUACGUAUAUGUAUGGUAUGGAUGGAUGAGAGAUUAGCUAUAGAUAGACAAGAUUACUUUUCACGAAGAUUUUUUCGUGUAUUGGAUUUGGAUUUGGAAGAAAA